AUGUUCCCCGGACUGAGAUGUUCCCCGGAAGUCACCAGCUGGUCCAACAAGAGACUGAUAAUUCCACGAGGAGGGCAUUUUGACUCAAAAGACUCAGAUUUUCAUUUAAAAGACGCAGGGCAUUUUGACUCAAAAGACUCAGAUUUUCAUUUAAAAGACGCAGGGCAUUUUGACUCAAAAGACUCAGAUUUUCAUUUAAAAGACGCAGGGCAUUUUGACUCAAAAGACUCAGAUUUUCAUUUAAAAGACGCAGGGCAUUUUGACUCAAAAGACUCAGAUUUUCAUUUAAAAGACGCAGGGCAUUUUGACUCAAAAGACUCAGAUUUUCAUUUAAAAGACGCAGGGCAUUUUGACUCAAAAGACUCAGAUUUUCAUUUAAAAGACGCAGGGCAUUUUGACUCAAAAGACUCAGAUUUUCAUUUAAAAGACGCAGGGCAUUUUGACUCAAAAGACUCAGAUUUUCAUUUAAAAGACGCAGGGCAUUUUGACUCAAAAGACUCAGAUUUUCAUUUAAAAGACGCAGGGCAUUUUGACUCAAAAGACUCAGAUUUUCAUUUAAAAGACGCAGGGCAUUUUGACUCAAAAGACUCAGAUUUUCAUUUAAAAGACGCAGGGCAUUUUGACUCAAAAGACUCAGAUUUUCAUUUAAAAGACGCAGGGCAUUUUGACUCAAAAGACUCAGAUUUUCAUUUAAAAGACGCAGGGCAUUUUGACUCAAAAGACUCAGAUUUUCAUUUAAAAGACGCAGGGCAUUUUGACUCAAAAGACUCAGAUUUUCAUUUAAAAGACGCAGGGCAUUUUGACUCAAAAGACUCAGAUUUUCAUUUAAAAGACGCAGGACUCAGAUUUUCAUUGAAAAGACUCGAGCCUUUUGACUCGAAAGACUCAGAGGACCGUAAAUCUAGAGACUCGAAAGACUGCGAUUCGAAAGACUCUCAGGGCUGA